UCUGCACCAAGUUGCAGAAGUGCUCUUUUCUCUUUUUUUUUUUUUUUGUUUUUUUAACUGCAGAAAGAAACACUUGUCGAGUAGAGACUAGAGAGUGACGCCUUCGCCUUGACGGAGGGUUUUAUUUUUAUUCGGAAGCUUUUUCGGUCUUGGUCGGCAUAGAAGAAGGACAUUGGUGAGGCCUGAGGGAGUGGAAGAAGGGGAUUGACGUGGGAGGAGAAGAACAAGAAGAUCGAUGCGGAAGGAGGAGAUUGUCUGCAAGCCUGCAACCAGCCGCAAUCCGGAAGUUCUUUGGGCACAGCGUUCUGAUAAGAUUUACCUGACCAUAGCUUUGCCAGAUGCGAAAAAUGUGUCAGUGAAAAGUGAGCCCGAGGGGUUAUUUAGUUUCUCUGCCAUGGGUGCACAAGGGGAAUCAUUUGAUCUCAAUCUAGAAUUGUAUGGAACCAUUGUUCCUGAGGGAAGUAAAGUUAAUGUUGGACUAAGAAACAUUCUUUGCUCAAUCCAGAAAGAGCAGAAGGGUUGGUGGAAGAGACUUCUAAAAUCAGAUGAAAAACCUGCACCUUACAUCAAGGUUGAUUGGAACAAGUGGUGUGAUGAGGAUGAUGAAGAGUUGAUCAAGUCCGAUUUUGCUUCUGAUGAUGAUGAUGGUGCUGCGGAAAUUGGUGAAGAUGAAAGCAGUGAUGAUGAAGGAAUGCUUUAUCUUCCUGACCUGGAGAAAGCCAGAGGAAAGUAAAGAUGACCUAGAACCAAGCAAUAGACAAGACUCAGGAUUUUUGCUUACAGAGAGAGUUGAAGACUCGGGUUUUUUGCUUUUCUUUUGCGUAAAUCUUGUAAUGGUGUUCAGGCAAACUAACAAUGAUCUAGAACCAAGCAAUAGACAAGAUCUGGUCUUAACAGAUACGACCUUUUUGGCGUUAUCUUCGUGGCCUGAAACAGAAACUUGAAAUGGUGUAAAUGAUCAGCAAUGGCAGGCUUUUGUACAUCCAAAACUUAUUUCUUGUUUUCCAGAAGCAUAGAAAUAUAGAACUAUCUUUCGUCCCAGAUGUUAGGCUUUA